GUAAGGAAGGUAGGGAGAGCAACCAUGGCUGUCGAUGAUCAUGACGGUGGAAGCUUGGAUAUCGGAGAGAAGCUAAGAAGAGAUGAAGGACAAAUGCCCUCUCCCAUACAACGACGGUUGGUCCGCACGGACUCGUUGCCUUUUGAGGCAGGGAAAAUCCCACCCAAGCACACUUUCACUGCUCAUGAGAGUUGGAGCCGGACGUUGCUCUUGGCAUUCCAGAGCAUCGGGGUGGUGUACGGUGACAUUGGGACAUCACCCUUGUACGUCUACGCGAGCACAUUUCCAAAUGGAAUCCAACAUCACGAUGAUCUCCUUGGUGCCCUUUCCCUCAUCAUCUAUACCAUCAUUCUCAUCCCUCUUCUCAAGUAUGUCUUCACCGUCCUCUGGGCCAACGAUAAUGGUGAUGGAGGGACAUUUGCACUUUAUUCGUUGAUAUCUCGAUAUAUUAAGGUGAGCAUGAUCCCAAAUCAACAAGAUGAGGAUGCCAAGGUUUCAAACUACCGACUUGAAUCGGUAUCCAAUCGACUGAAGAGGGCUGAAUGGAUUAAAGAAAAGCUAGAGAAUAACAACAUCGCCAAGAUUGCUAUCUUCGUAGUCACAAUUCUAGGAACAUCGAUGGUCAUUGGUGAUGGUGUUCUAACUCCCUGCAUCUCAGUUAUAUCUGCAGUUGAUGGAAUCAAGGAGAAAGCACCUUCUCUUGAUGAUAGUACAAUCUCUUAUAUUUCAGCUGGGAUACUUGUUCUUCUAUUUGCCAUACAAAGAUCUGGCACAGACAAAGUUGGCUAUUCUUUUGCACCUAUAGUUCUUACAUGGUUUCUACUAAUCGGUGGCAUCGGACUCUAUAACUUAUUCAAGUAUGAUGUCGGAGUUCUUCGUGCUUUCAAUCCUAAAUACAUAGUCGACUACUUUCACAGAAAUGGAAAACAAGGUUGGAUAUCUCUGGGAGGGAUUGUUCUCUGCAUCACAGGUACCGAAGCUAUGUUUGCUGAUUUAGGUCACUUCAAUGUUAGAGCAAUUCAGAUAGGCUUCAGUUGUGUUUUGCUCCCAGCAGUAUCAUUUGCUUACAUUGGGCAAGCUUCGUAUCUUACGAAACAUGGUGAUAAUGUCGGCGACACUUUCUACAAAUCAAUUCCAGGCCCGCUAUUUUGGCCAACAUUUAUCGUUGCUAUUUCUACGGCAAUCAUCGCAAGCCAAGCUAUGAUAUCUGGUGCGUUUGCGAUUGUAUCGCAGUCUCAAAACCUUGGAUGCUUCCCUAGAGUUAAAGUCUACCAUACUUCUACCGAGUACGAGGGGCAAGUGUAUAUCCCUGAGAUCAACUACAUCUUGAUGGUCUUGUGUGUUUUUGUCACUCUCCUCUUUCAGACUACUACAAAGAUCGGAAAUGCUUACGGAAUUGCUGUGGUCUUUGUGAUGACGAUCACAACAUGCUUGGUGACAAUCGUAAUGGUUGUCAUAUGGAAAACAAGGAUGUUGUGGGUAGUCCUGUUCGUCCUAGUGUUUGGGGGUGCAGAGUUAGUGUAUUUGUCUUCGGUUCUAUACAAGUUCAGGGAAGGUGGAUUUUUACCCUUGCUUUUCUCACUGGUCUUGAUGAUAAUCAUGGCAAUAUGGCACUAUGUUCAUGUCAAGAAAUACCGAUAUGAACUUAACAACAAAGUCACAAGCAACUAUGUAAAGGAUAUAAUUCAGAAAGGCGAGGUGCAAAGAAUACCCGGCCUCGGUCUCUUUUACUCCGAGCUAGUACAAGGCAUACCACCCAUAUUUCCUCAUUUCAUCGAGAAAAUACCAUCCAUCCACUCGGUUCUCAUAUUUGUCUCAAUCAAGCACUUACCGAUCAGUAGAGUGGAGUUGGAAGAACGCUUUAUUUUCAGGCAGAUCAAGCCGAAAAGCAGUAGGAUUUUUCGGUGUGUGGCGCGGUAUGGAUACAAUGAUGCAAUGGAGGAACCAAGGGAGUUUGAGAACUUGAUCAUCGCAUAUCUGAAGAAGUUCAUGCAGUAUGAAUACUUGGGAUUGGAAAAUGCAGCUGAAAUGCAUGGUGAUACUGUGCAUGGCGAUGAGAGUGCCAUCGAGAGGGGGAAGCCUUCCACAGUGAACAGCGAAGAGACGCUCAGUGCUUCUAAUGGACUAAUACAGCCCGCUACCGAUAGAAACUUGUCGGAUAGCUUCAACAUUGAAGAGGAAAUGAAAGUCAUUGAGGAAGAGAAAAGGAAGGGGGUGGUGUAUCUACUAGGAGAAACACAGGUUGUGGCCGAAGGCAAGUCCUCUCCCUUGAAGAUAGCAGUUGUCAACUAUUUGUAUGAUUUCCUAAGGAAAAACUUUAGGCAGGGGGAGAAAUCACUUUCAGUUCCUAGGAAUCAGGUGCUCAAGGUGGGAAUGACAUAUGAAAUAUAAGUUACACAUCUUCUUGGGAGUUUGAUUAAUAAUAUAUACGAUUUGUCGCUAAAACUUCAGAUGAUAAGAUAAUUAAGUUGCCUCAUGGUGAGAAUAUGUGGAGGUGGCUUGCUAAUUUCUUCAGCAGCAGAUGAUUUUGCAGAGCUGAAUUAUUUAUUCUGAAAGGCUAGUUUGAUGUUAGAGCUCCAAUUUAUUCACUGUCCUUAUAGAAGAAUUGGGUACAAACUUUUGUGUUUGUAAUUAUAAUACAGUAUUGAAACUUAAG